CAGGACUCAUGUCUGUCUGACACACAACACAUCACUGGGAUUUAAUUUAGAUUGUUCUGAACCAUCAGGCUGUUAAACCAACCAAUACAAGAACGGGGUGACACAGCGUGAGAAAAUGGCUUCUAGUUCGUCUCUCCCAGAGGAGGAUUUCUCCUGUUCGGUGUGCCUUGACAUCUUCAAGGAUCCUGUCAUCUUGUCAUGCAGUCACAGCUUCUGCCAAGCCUGUCUAAAGGAAUGCUGGAAAGACAAGGAAUCUCGGGAAUGUCCAGUUUGCAGGAGAAAAUCCUCAAUGGAGAAUCCCCUUACAAACCUGUCUCUAAAGAACCUGUGUGAGGCCUUACGGGAAAGGAGACAGGCAGAUCCAACCACAGGGUCCAAGGUGCUCUGCAGUCAACACAGUGAGAAACUCUGUCUGUUCUGUCUGGAGGAUAAAGAGCCCAUCUGUUUGGUGUGUCAGGUCUCAAGGAAACAUAAAGAUCAUGACUGUAUCCCUGUAGAUGAGGCUGUACAGGAUCACAAGGAGGAACUCCAGACUGACCUGAAGCCCUUACAGGAGAAGCUGAAGGUCUUUAAUAAAGUUAAACAAACCUGUGAUCAAACAGCAGUGCACAUUAAGAGCCAGACCCAGCACACAGAGAAGCAGAUUAAGGAGGAGUUUGAGAAACUUCACCAGUUUCUACGAGAGGAAGAGGAGGCCAGGAUAGCUGAUCUGAAAGAGGAAGAGAAGCAGAAGAGUCAGAAGAUGAAGGAGAAGAUAGAGCAGAUGAACAGAGAGAUAUCAUCACUUUCAGACACAAUCAGAACCAUAGAGAGGGAGCUGAAAGAUGAAGACAUCUCAUUCCUGCAGAACUUCAAGACCAUGAAGGAAAGAGCCCAGUGCACAAUGUCAGAUCCACAGCUGGUGUCAGGGGGGCUGAUAGACGUGGCCAAACACCUGGGCAACCUGAAGUUCAGAGUCUGGGAGAAGAUGCAGGGGAUCAUCAAACACACUCCUGUGAUUCUGGACCCCAACACUGCUUUCCCCAAGCUCUCUCUGUCUGAUGAUCUGACCAGUGUGAGUAAAACUGGCCCAAAGCAGCAGCUCCCUGACAACCCUGAGAGAUUCAUGAAGUAUCAAACUGUUCUGGGCUCUAAGGGGUUCAGCUCAGGUAAACACAGCUGGCAGGUGGAGGUGGGGGACCAUCCUCACUGGAACCUGGGCGUGGCUAAAGAGUCAACUGACAGGAAAGGGGAGCGGCAUGCAUCACCAGAGUAUGGAAUCUGGGCUAUAAAGCAGAGGAGUGGUAAGUAUACUAAUGGAAUGGGAGAGACCCUCUUCCUGAAGAAGAUACCCCAGAGGAUCAGAGUGCAGCUGGACUACGACCAGGGGGAGGUGUCCUUCUACGACUCCAAAGACAAGACACUCAUCUCCACUCAUAAAGACACAUUCACUGAGACUCUCUACCCAUACUUCUCUAUUGGACCAGCUGGUGAUGCCAAAAGCACUGGUGUACAGAUCUGCCAAUCAGAGGUGUCUCUGACAGUGAUGUCAUCCCAAUGAGGUUGUGUGUGUGUGGAUGUGUGUGUUUGUCUGUGUGUUUCUACGUGUGUGUGUGACAAAGUAACAUGAGUCAACUAUACUCAUACUUUUUCUUCUAAAUGUUCCUCAUCAGCAACUUGCAGUCUUUUCCCACAAAUUCUCUGUCCCUCCCCGAGGCUCCCCAUCUAGUCAGUGAUGAACUAAUAUGGACAGGGCAGUAACUACAUAUAAGGACACCUACAGUAGGUCCGGACAUUUGUUAUUUUUUCCACAAAAAAAAACUCAGUCGUGUCUCAACUUACUGUUGAGAGAAUUGUAGAAUACAAAAUGUGACAUUUAGAAACUUAGUUGUAAAUCAGCAGUUUUCUUCUUAUGUCACUUACUGACUUUCACUCAAUCAGCCCAUGUCAGUUAAACAUGUUUUGAUUGGUAAAUUAGUCUAGUUAAUCUAGUCAGCUAUCUAAACUUGUUGACAUCAUGAACAAAUUACUGACUGGGAACGCAGGGCACGUGCCCAGAGGCUCUGACCUCCAGGGGCCCUGACCUCCAGGGGCUCUGACCUCCAGGGGCUCUGACCUCCAGGGGCUCUGACCUCCAGGGACUCUGACCUCCAGGGGCCCUGAC